AUGUCUUCACCAUUUGUCGCCGUGGCCGGCGCCACAGGCCAGCUGGGUUCCCUCGUCGCCCAGGAGCUUCGCAAGCGCGGCGUGACUGUCAAAGCCCUCGUCCGUCCCAACACCGACCCUUCGCGCACCGCCGUCCUGCGCGACUGCGGCGUUUACAUCAUCCCCGUCGACCUGGCCGACCAGCGCCGUCUCACACAGGAAUUUACAGGCGCGACCUGCGUCGUCUCCACCCUUCAAGGCCUCGCCAACGUCAUCCACACCGCGCAGGGCACCCUCCUCGAUGCCGCCGUCGCGGCUCAAGUGCCUCGCUUCAUCCCAUCCGACUUCUCCCUCGACUUCACCAAGACCAAGCCCGGGUCCAACCGCAACCUGGACCUGCGACGAGAGUUCCACAAGUCUUUAGAGAGGGCUCCUAUUGCCAGCACCAGCAUCCUCAAUGGCGGAUUCAUGGACCUCAUGGGCGGCGACUCGCCCAUGAUCAACCACAAAAAGGGCAAGGUGAUGUACGUUGGCAGCGCGACGCAGUUGCUCGAUUUCACGACGGUCGCUGACACAGCCGCAUACACGGCCGCCGUGGCGGCCGACACUACUCCGACCCCUCGGUUUCUGCGCAUCGCGGGCGACGUGCUUAGUGCUCAGGGCAUCGCGGAUGCCGCGGGCCAGGUCUACGGUAAGACGUACAAACCGUCUUGGAUGGGCAGUAUUGGGUUUCUGGAGGGGCUUAUCCGUGUGCUGCGGCUGUUUGGAGGCGAGGAUCAGAUCAUGCCCGUUUGGCAGGGCAUGCAGUAUAUGGUGAAUAUCUUCUCGGGGGCGGGUAAGCUGGAUCCGCUGGAUAAUGACCGAUAUCCGGAGUUGAAGUGGACUAAGGUGGUGGAGGUUUUACGGGAGUAUAAGAAUAAGCGGUGA